AUGACACACGCCCAACCACGUCAAGGCGACGAAGAAGCGGCGCGCGCCUCACGCUACCGAUUUAGCGCAAUCGCACCUUUGACCCGUCUACGAGCCCUCCUCCCGGGACCUCUCGCCGGACCCACGAAUCCAGAUUACAAGAUCAAUGCGUCUCCGGUCCCCUGUAUACCCAUUGAGCGCCGCCGAGCAUCCAGCAUCGCGGCCUCCCUCGAUCAAGAUGAGGGUCUUGCAGAGAAGAUUGCCGAGUAUGGCGUCGGCUUGCCAGACGAAGUUGCAAAGGAGGAAACAGUCCUCUACCUAGCCUACGGCUCAAAUCUAGCAGCCAAGACCUUCCGUGGUGUUCGCGGUAUCAAGCCUCUGUCACAGAUGGGUGUCUUUGUACCGGAGCUACGACUCACGUUCGAUCUACCGGGUCUACCAUAUGUAGAACCCUGCUUCGCAGGCACGCAAUACCGUGACCCAUCCGCACCUCCAACUGGUAAUUCCUCUUGUGACGAUGACGAGACAGACUUGUCGGACAAUGAAUCCUUAUCCGAGAAAGACGCACUCAUCGGUCGAACACGGGAAACCGAGGCUCAGGACGAGCCAUAUCACAAGCGGCGGUGGUACAAACCCCUCGUGGGCGUUGUGUACGAGGUCACACUGGCUGAUUAUGCGAAGAUCAUUGCUACCGAGGGUGGUGGACGCGGAUACCGCGACGGCGUCAUCGACUGCUACCCUUUCCCUGAGGACUACAAUCCCUCCGACCCGGUCCCCGAGCGACCGAGUACAACGCCAUUCAAGGCCCGGACGCUUCUUUCGCCUGCUGCCGAUGAUGCGCGAUUGAAAAUGCAGUCGCUGAAGAGCGGAGAUCCCUCGCUUCUAUCUCAUGCUCAUACGUUAUCGUGGUGGUAUACGGUGUGUCUGCAUUUCCGACCUGAUCCUGACUAUGCGCAGCCUACGGCGAGGUAUCUUGCGUUGAUUAAGAGCGGAGCUGAGGAGCAUGAUCUGCCGCAGGCGUGGCGUGAGUAUCUGGCUCAGAUUCGAUCGUAUCGGAUUACGACUACGCGGCAGAAGAUUGGGAAGGGAAUGGUGUUUGCACUGUGGGUGCCGUGGAUUCUUUUGACUAUGGUUUUGUCGAAGAUCUUUGCGGGCUCUGAUGGUCGCAGUCCGAAAUGGCUCGUUGCCUUGUCUAACGCUAUCUUUUCCGGGAUGUGGAUGAGCUAUGAUUGCUUCCUUGCUAGGGUCUUUGGGGAUGGUGAGCGGACCCUAGAUGAUAUUCCUGCUUGGUGA